AUGACUGGACAGGAUAUCUACGACGUCAUCAUCGUCGGCGGUGGCGUCUGCGGCCUCGCCAUGGCGGCUAGACUUCGCGAGCAGACCCCGUCGGCCCUCUUCACCGACGAGGAACACCGCCGCUUCCGCUGGAUCCGGAAGCACGGCAACAAGGUCUCGGUGAAGCAGACAAAGAGCGGCAAGGUCAAGACGCGACGGCCCCGCACCGGCCCCGGAUACAACAUGAUGGUGCUGGAUUCCACCUCGGACCAGUGGCUGGCGCGCUGGCACUACCUCUUCCGCACCUACGACAUCUCCCACCUGCGGAGCCCGAUGCUCUGGCACGCCGACCCCUUCGACCGCGACUCGCUCCUGGCCUACGCCUACGAGAACAACCGCGAGGACGAGCUGGUCGAGAUCCGCAACUGCGUGGGCAAGGAGGUCAGCAAGCACGGCCACAAGAAGGCGGCCAGCCGGCACUGCGGCGGCAAACAGACGGCCCGGGUCGCCAUCAACGUGCGAGACAAGAACGACUACUACACGCCGUCGCGGGGCGUGUUUGAAGACCAUUGCGCCUCGCUGACGCAGCGCUACGACCUCGAGGCUGGCGUGCUGCGGAAGGAGGCGGUGCAGGACGUCGACUAUGACUAUGUCGACGCGUUCCCCGACGAGGCCGAGAAGCUCUUCGCCGUGCGGACCGACCAGGGCACUCACUACGCGCGGAGCGUCGUCAUGGGCGUCGGCGCCGCCAACGUGCCCUCGCUGCCCUCCAUCCCCUCCAUGGCCGCCGCCGCCCUCCCCUCCGGCGCGUACCCGCAGGCCUGCCACAGCCUGCAGGUGACCACCUUCCCGGACCCGCACCUCCGGCGGCUCAUCGCCGCGCGGCAGCCGACCCACGUCGUCGUCGUCGGCGGCGGGCUGACCUCGGCGCAGCUCGCGGACCUCGCGGUGCGGCGCGGCGUGACCAAGGUGUGGCACGUGAUGCGCGGCCCUUGCCGCGUCAAGCUGUUCGACCUGGGGCUGGAGUGGAUGGGCAAGUACAAGAACACGGAGCAGGCGCGGUUCUGGCUGGCCGACUCGGACGAGGAGCGGCUGGAGAUGAUCCGCGCGGCGCGCGGCGGCGGCAGCCUGACGCCUGCGUACCACAAGAUCAUGAAGCGGCACGUCGCCGCGGGGAGCGUGCGGGUGUGCACCGGCACGCAGAUCGUGGACGCGCGCUUCGAGGGCGGGCGGUGGAACCUGACGACGGAGCCGCCGGUGGAGGACAUGCCGCCGGUGGACUACAUGUACUUCGCGACGGGCGUGCAGACCGACUUCGCGUCGCUGCCGUACCUGCAGACGAUGAGGGCGAAGCACCCGGUGCAGGGCUUCGGCGGGUUCCCCUGCCUCAACGACGACCUCAUGUGGCGCGACGACGUGCCGCUGUUCAUGGUCGGGCGGCUGGCGGCGCUGCGGCUGGGGCCGGGCGCGGCCAACAUCGGCGGCGCCAUGGUCGGCGCGGAGCGGGUGUCGUGGGCGAUUGAGGACGUGGUGCGGCGGUCGCGGCGGGCAGGGGGGCCGGCGGCCGAGGAGGAGGGUGACGCUGAGGCUGGAGAGGAGGAGGAGGAGCCGACGAUGGAGGCGUACCUCAGGGGCCACGGCAACAUGUACAGCACAUUGGCCUGUGAGUAG